CGCAGGCGCAUUUUAAAAGAAUCGAAUAAUAUUUAAGUCAACUUAUGUUACAUUUUGACUUGUAGAUGCAUUAUUACGAUUCGGCAUUUCUCUAUGAUACUAUACGAGAUACAAAUGCGUGUUGUAAUAUAUAAGAAAACAAGUUACAUUUAAUUGUCUUAUUUUAUUAAAUCAGUUGCAUCGCUGAUUCUAACAAAAAGUCAAUACUUAUUUGAAAAGCCGCUCCAACAAUGAGUGACCCGAAGCUGAUUAUAAAUUUCGUUGCCAUUGGCUUGUGCGGAUUAAGCACGAUUUUCUGCAUCCUUGCCUUGUGCUUGAACACGUGGCACAACGAUGGACUUUUCACUUUUGGUCUGUGGAAAGUGUGUGCAAUUGGCAAGUGUGGUCCGUGGACGAUAGUCCCAGGUAAGUUGCAAGCUGUCCGAGCAUUCGCAUUUCUUGGGCUGUUUCUGAUCAUCGGGGCUGCUGUUUCAUCGUGUUUACACGCGUUUGUAAUGAAGACCAACAACACUCUCAUCAACAUUUCUCUUGGAUCGUCGAUUGGCUCUGGACUCUGUAUGGGGAUCGCCUUCAUAGUUUUUAUUAGAGGGGAAGAGAUAACUCUCGGAGCUGGCAUCUACAUGUGCAUUGCUGCAUGGCUUUUCGGAUGGAUUGUUGGAUUACUGAACGGGAGAUUGGUGGUUCUAACUAGAAGGGCUCCAAACAAUUAACAAGGGGCAUGGAAGCAACACUGUGUUCACAGCGCAGCAUACAAUUUAUUAAAACCGAUUAUGUAGCUUUAAGGGAUACACCACGUGUUCCGUUGAUGCCACGCUUCUUAAUAGAUUGUGAAAACACUGUAAAUGAUUUAUUUUGUUAAUAUUACAUAUAAUUUUAUAAUCAUUGUUGCUAUCUCGUCGAAAUAAAUCAGCAUGAGGUUAUAAUGCUUCCUAAAGAAGAACGCAUUUCUUGACAACUAUUAUCGAGUGUAUUGUUUUAUAUUUAAUUUGAUGAAAUAAAGCAAAAUGGUUCA